ACUGAAUGUUGUAAUGUUGUAAUCACUGAACUCGGUAAGUAACUCAGUCAACAACAAAUCUUAAAGAGAGAAAAAGAAGAGUCUUUGUGAUUGUUGACUUGAUUGACAUAAAAAUGGCGACUUCGAUGAUUCAGAGAUUGUUCAAACAAGGCACAAAGAUCGUCGGCGUUGGACUCAAUUACGCUUCUCACGCCAAAGAACUUGGCAAUGCCCUCCCAAAGGACCCGAUUGUGUUCUUAAAGCCAACUUCGUCGUACCUGGAAAACGGUGGAACAAUAGAGAUCCCACAUCCACUGGAUUCACUUCACCAUGAGGUGGAACUUGCUGUAGUAAUUGGACAGAAAGCAAGAGAUGUCCCAGAACGGUUAGCCAUGAAUUACAUUGGAGGAUAUGCGCUUGCUCUUGAUAUGACUGCUAGGGAACUCCAAGUUUCUGCCAUGGUAGAGAACCACUUGUCUUUGUUAUCAAUGGAUUUGUAUGGGUUUGUACAUAUACAUAGUUCCCACUAAUAAUAAUCUUAGUGCAUGCUCGAGCUUUGCCAUUUACUAAUUGAUCUGUCCUGUGUCCUUUACGGUCUUUAUAAGCUCGUAAGCCAUAAUUUGGUUGAGUUUCCCCUGUGGGAUUAUAUCAUAUGUUUGCCAAUUGAUUCCAUGUUUCUAUCCAUACUUUCCUGUAAACAGAAAUCUUAAAUUUGUGUUGUGUUUUCAUCAAUGUUUUAAUGCAAUUUUUUACUUAAGCAUAUAUCAUCAUGGGGUGUUUAAAUUCUCGUCUUCAGGCAUCUGGUCUCCCAUGUACGCUUGCUAAAGGACAGGAUACCUUCACCCCCAUCAGCUCCGUUCUACCAAAGGCAAUGGUGCUGGAUCCCAAUAACCUGGAACUCUGGCUAAAGGUUUGGCUUCUCAUGCUCUCUUGUCAUAAGCUACGCUGUUCCCUUUUAGAAUCUCCCAUAACAGGUAGAUGAUGAGACAAGACAGAAAGGUUGGACAAAGGAUAUGAUCUUCAAGGUCCCAUAUCUCAUCAGCUACAUAAGUUCUGUAAUGACCCUUUUCAAAGGAGAUGUCAUAUUGACAGGUACACCAGAAGGUAUAGGACCUGUAAAGAUAGGUCAGAAGAUAACCGCCGGAAUCACCGGUCUUUCUGAAGUUCAGUUCGACGUCGGUAGGCGGCUAAAGCCAUUGUUGAGAUAGUAUUUUGUGAAUCAUUUGUUGUAUAAACUUCAUUCAUAAGAGCAUUUUUACUUAAUUUCUCUUGCUGACCUUUUUGUAAUGAUACAUGUUUAAGAUUCUUCAAUCAAAAUAUAAUCUCCACAUUAAGCAGAG